UUUCGUGUCUCUUUGUUUCCUUUCAUUCUUCCCAAAACCCUAGCCCUAAUUUCCAUCCCCGCUCUCCGGCGAGAGAGGAGUUUGAGUGGAGAUUUCGUUGAUCAGCCGAGAGGAGAGUUCGAUUGGAGAUUCCUUUGGUCAAUCGAAUAACUCCCAUUGGGAUUUUUCAUGGUUGAUAUAAAAUCAUAAGGAGUGUCAUGAUUGAUUCUGACCAUUUGAGCAUCACUGAUGUGGGGAGAAGUGGUUCUCCUGGAUAUUCCCCGUUUAAGAAACAAAGGAUGUCAGACAAUUUGGAUGUUGAAUCUUCUCUACCCAUUCUGUUCUCCUCUGAUUAUUUUACUGAACCAUGCAUUAGUGAGCUAGCUGUCAGAGAAGCCAUUGAUCCAGGCUACUGCAGUAGAGUUCCAGACUUUGUGGUUGGAAGAGUGGGUUAUGGGUAUAUUAAAUUUCUUGAGACUACUGAUGUGAGGUGCUUGUAUCUGGAUCACAUCGUCAAGUUUGAAAGGCAUUCUGUUGUGGUUUAUGAAAAUGAGAUAGAAAAGCCCUCAGUUGGAUGUGGCCUUAACAAAGCUGCUGAAGUGACAUUGGUCCUACAGUUGAAUUCGUUGAACCCACGAGGUUUAGAAUCUGAUGUGCUUGUGAACAAGCUGAAGAAGAGCACAAACAGGCAAGGAGCACGUUUCCUUUCAUUUGACAUAUUGACUGGUGAAUGGAAAUUCCUUGUCUGCCAUUUCAGUAGAUUUGGAUUGGAUGAUGAUGAGGAGGAAGACGUUGUCAUGGAUGAUGCCAUGGCCCAACCUAGUGCACCGAUAAAAGGACCUCAAGUCCAGUCUACAGAGCUUGUGUUGUCACAUUCACUUCCGGCUCACCUUGGGCUGGAUCCUCAGAAGAUGCAAGAGAUGAGGAUGCUAAUGUUUCCUGCAGAUGAGGAUGAGAUGGAGGACUUUGAUGGCCACUUUCCAGUCCACAAGAGAAACUUCAGCAAGGAUCACAUGAAAGCAGAUUCUCCAAGCUCAGGUGCUAAAAGUCCUAUAAAUAAACUUCCUUUACAAGAUUCCUCUCGGAAGAAUAGCAGCAAAGCAAGCCCUUCUACUGUCAGAAGGGCUCCACAAGCUUUACUUGAGUAUAAUGUGAACAGUUCUGACAAUAGCCCUUCUAGAAGCAUCCUAUUGACAGGGCAAAACAAGGGAUUGCCACUCAAGGAAAUGAAGGUACAAGGAUUUAAACUGGAGGUGAAAAAUGCAACUCCUGUGACUGGUAGUUACUCUAAAAAUAUAGUUGAUGCUGCUUUGUUUAUGGGACGCUCUUUUCGUGUAGGAUGGGGACCGAAUGGUGUCCUUGUUCACACAGGAGCCCCAGUUGGUAGUACUGGAAAUGUGUUAUCUUCUGUGAUUAACGUUGAGAAAGUUGCAAUUGACACUGUUGUGAGGGAUGAAAAAGGCAGGGUUAAAGAUGAGCUUAUUGAUUUGUGUUUCUCUUCUCCCUUGAAUUUACACAAGUCAUUAGAUCACGAAUCUGUCGAAGUUGAGUAUGGCUCCUACCACAUAAAGCUUCAGAAAGUUGUAUGCAGUCAUUUGACACUUGCAGAUAUUUGCCGAUCAUAUGUUGGAAUAAUUGAAAAGCAACUGGAGGUUCCUGGUUUAUCCAUGUCUUCUCGUGUGCUUCUGAUGCACCAAGUCACUAUAUGGGAACUAAUUAAAGUUCUAUUCUCAGAGAAGGAGAUGACUGGGUCUUUGAAACCUUCAAUGGAUGAGGAUAUUGAAGAAAUGAUGCUUGACAAGAAGGACAUAUCUCUUGACAUAGACCCUGAAGCAAGCCCUUUUGUUCGCAGAGCUGAGUUUAGUUAUUGGUUGCAAGAUAGUGUUUGUCACCGUGUACAGGAGGAAGUAAGCUGUUUAAAUGAAUCUAAUGAGCUAGAACAUAUACUUCUACUUCUUUCAGGACGACAGUUGGAUGCAGCUGUAGAACUGGCUGCUUCUAGAGGUGAUGUUCGACUGGCUAUUUUACUGAGUCAAGCUGGUGGGUCAAUGGUUAAUCGGUCAGACAUGGCACAGCAAAUUGACCUCUGGAAAAUUAAUGGCUUGGACUUCAGCUUUAUUGAGAGUGAUAGGUUAAAGUUAUAUGAGUUGCUUGCUGGUAAUGUUCAAGGCGCGUUUCAGGAUGCAUCAAUUGACUGGAAAAGAUACCUAGGGUUGGUGAUGUGGUAUCAACUAGCUCCUGAUACGUCUUUAUCUGUCAUCAUUCACACCUAUCAACAGCUUCUGAAUGAAGGGAGGGCCCCAUUUCCAGUCCCAGUUUAUAUUGAUGAAGGACCUCUUGAAGAAACAUUGGACUGGCAGGCAGGAGACCGUUUUGAUAUAGCAUAUUAUCUGAUGCUUCUUCAUGCUAAUGAAGGAAAGGGCUUUGAUCUACUUAAAACAAUGUUUAGUGCCUUCUCUUCAACAUAUGAUCCACUUGACUACCACAUGAUUUGGCAUCAACGUGCCAUAUUAGAAGCUAUUGGUACAUUUAGUUCAAAUGAUCUUCAUGUACUUGAUAUGAGCCUAGUUUCCCAAUUAUUAUGUCUUGGGCAAAUUCAUUGGGCAAUUUAUGUUGUUAUCCACAUGACUUAUCAUGAAGAUUACCCAUAUCUUCAGGCUAAUACUAUUAAGGAGAUUUUACUGCAGUAUUGUGAAUCAUGGAGUGGUCAGGAAAUACAGCGUCAGUUCAUCAUAGAUCUUGGUGUACCCUCAGCAUGGAUGCAUGAGGCUUUGGGAAUAUAUUUUCAUUAUUAUGGAGAUCUUCCGCAGGCCCUUGAACAUUUUCUUGAAUGUUCAAAUUGGCAAAAAGCUCACUCAAUAUUUAUGACAGCAGUGGCUCAUUCCUUGUUUUUGACUUCAAAACAUUCAGAGAUCUGGAGGAUCACUAGUUUUAUGGAAGAACACAAGUCAGAAAUUGCAGACUGGGAUUUAGGUGCUGGAAUAUAUAUUGAUUUCUAUGUUCUAAAGAGCUCUUUACAAGAAGAGGACAUUACUGAUGAACCUGAUCCACUGGAAAAGAAAAAUGAAGCAUGUAGAGAUUUCUUUAGCCGCCUGAAUGAAUCGGUAUUAAUAUGGGGGAGAAGGUUACCCGUUGACGCCAGGGUAACCUAUUCAAAAAUGGUGGAGGAGCUCUGCAAUCUUUUGAUAUCCACUCCGGGGGUUAGCUCAACACCCUCAGUUCAGAUGAGCUGCUUCGAGACAAUGCUCAGUGCUCCAAUGCCAGAAGAUAUUCGGUCUUGUCAUCUUCAGGAUGCUCUCUCUGUCUUUACCUAUUUACUCUCCGAAACAGCAUCAUAGAUCCGUCUGCUCUCUUACAUUUUCAGCGAUGAAACAGCAUCAUAGAUCCGUCUGCUCUCUUACAUUUUCAGCGAUGGUCGGAAUUGCUAUUGCGCAUGUAAUACCUGAGUAAUGCUGUUUGGUUUUGGGGGUUUUGCCCUAUUUAGGUAUUCUUCUUCACCCUUACCUUGUCUCAGGUGCUGUUUCUUUUUUCAAUGUUGUGGUCCUGUGGAGUUUUAAUUCAAAAUGUAAUAUAGCUUAAUCUCAACGUCAAGGGUGUGAAGUGUUUCUGUAUGCUCAUAAGCAUUAAACAUGUACCUUUUUAUAAUAAGAAUGUUUUAAAACA